GCUCCCAAGCUGUGACGUACUUACAUCAUAGGCAAGCUAUCCAAGCUCCUUUGCUUCCAAGUAAACCGGAAAUUAGCAGUCUGAUAUUCCAAUACAAGAAGAGCUCACGGGUUCUGUACGAAGCCUAUCUUUUUUUCUGCAUGACCACUAUUUUUGAAUAAACAGUACAAUACUAUAAACACAAACAUUAUUACCAUUUACAAAGAUACCCAAAAAUCGAUAAUGACAGACACCGAAUCCUCCCCAAAGCAAACGUUGAAAACUCCCAAGAGCGCAUCAAAGACACCAAAAACUCCAACCAAGAAUCCUGCAAAAUCACCUGCACCAAAGAGUGUUAAGAAGAACGUUCCAAAAGCUCCAUCAACACCAGAGCCAGUACAAACCCGUUCAGAACCUCCCGAUUCUCCAGAAAGAAUGGCUCCAUCAGCCAUUUCAGACAACGAGGAUCACCUCACCAAUGGAGAGCAAGAGGAGUACGAGGAAGAUGAUGAAGGAACCGAGGAGAACGGUGUUGCAGAGGGAGAAGAGGAAGGAAGAGAAGAAGAUGACGAGGAAGCUCCAGUAGAAGAGGAGGAAGAACUUACUGAGCGUGAUCCAAAUGAGGAUUCUCGUAAUGUGGGAGAGGCCACAGACAAGGCUUCUCAUGCUUCAGAUGAGAAGGAAGUUGAUGGUGUUCUCAAUGGUACCCAAGAGAAGGCCACCGAGGCAGGUGACAGUGCUAAGGAUAAGGUUUCAGAGACUGGCAAAGAUGCCAAGGAAACUACCGAAUCUAAGGCUGGAGAUGCUAAGAAAACCACCGACUCAAAGGCUAAAGAUGCUAAGGAAGCCACCGCAUCGAAGGCUGGAGAUGUCAAGGACACUCUCGAAUCAAAAGCUGGCGAUGUCAAGGAGACUGCUGAGGACACUGGCAAAGAGGCCAGUGCAGUCGCAGAGGAUACCGAAGCUGCUGGAAAGGUUAAUGAGAAGGGUCAAGUCAUUGACGACGAUGGAAACGUCAUUGGCAAAGUUAACGAAACCGAUAUCGACGCAUCAAAACUCAAGGACAGCAUUGUCAACGAGGAAGGAGAUGUCUUGGACAAGGAAGGCCAAAUCAUCGGAUCUGCAGACCCAAUCGAUGAUGCCGAAGAUGCUCUAGAAGAGGUUGCCGAUGGUGCAAAGUCACCAGCUGACAGCGCAAAAUCGGGCCUCGAAGGAGAGAAGCCAGAUCUUAAAGAUGCCACCGAGGGUGCCAAAGACCAAGUUAAAGAUACCAAAUCCAAAGCCGAAGAUGCUGUCUCGAAACCAGACGCCGAUCCAGUUGAAGAGCCAAUCAUCCCACAAUCCAAACUCAAGGGUCCAUUCGAGAUCCAAGAGUCUGGUGAGAUUCUCGAUGCCGAUAAAAAGGCAAUUGGCAAACUUCAGGAUGAUGUCGAUCUCAAAUCUUUGGUCGGCAAGAAAGGUGUCAAUGUUGAUGAUGAGGGUAACCUUGUCGGAGAGAAUGGCACCAUUAUUGGAAAAGUUGAUUUACUUCCAGUUGAUCAACUCCCCAUUCCAGAGAGUGUCAGAGAGCAAAUCUUGAACGUUGGUGUCGCAGGAGGCGCUAGCCAACUAGGAAGCAAGCUUGGCUCCAAGGUCGAAGGCUCCAAGGCCGAUCUUGGUUCCAAGGCAGAUCUCGAAUCCCAGGUUCCAGAAGGCGAGGGCGCCAAGGAAGGUGUUGAAGGCGCUGUCGAACAAGGAAAGGAAGGUCUCGAGGGUGCAACAGACGAAGCUAAAGCAAAUGUCGAAGGCGCCACCGAUGAGGCUAAAGAUACUGCCGAAGACGCAAAAGAGGAAGCCGACUCCAACAUUCCACCGGUCUCCAUUCUCGAGGGUCUCAAAGUCAACAAGGCUGGAAAGAUUGUCGAUCGUGAUGGAAACCCAGUUGGUCAACUUGUCGAAGGUGAUGCCAAGAAACUUGCUGGCAAGAAGUGCGACAAGGAAGGAAAGAUCUACAACGAUACCGGUAAAGUAAUUGGCCGUGCCGAACCUCUCCCAGAAGCCGAAGAGAACGGAUCAUCACCAUUUGAAGACUUCGCUGGUGCAAUUGUCGAGAAAUCCGGCAAGAUCGUUUACGAGGGCCAAGUAAUUGGUCAAGUUGUUGAGGGUGAUGUCAAGAAGAUGGUCGGAAAGACUGUUGAUGAGGAUGGUGACAUCGUUGACAAGAAUGGCAACGUCAUUGGAAAGGCAGAGCGCACUGAAGAAGAGCCAGAGCCAGAGGCUGAAGGACCAGAUUACUCUGUCCUCUUCGACAAGAAGGUAAACAAGCUCGGAAAUGUCACUGAUGACUCUGGUCGUGUUGUUGGUCGCAUCAUUCAAGGUGCUUUGAAAAACAUGAUCGGUCGUCGAUGUGACAAGGACGGUGCUAUCUGGGGUGACAGCGGAAAGAAGAUUGGUCAAGCUGAGCCAAUUCCAGAAGCAGAGAAGGAAGAACUCAAAGAGCCAGCACCAUUCGAGGAUUUCCCAGAUGCCACUGUUGAGUCCAACGGUGAUGUUGUUCACAAUGGCGAGGUCAUUGGCAAGGUCAUUGAAGGUGAUGCCAAGAAACUCAAGGGCAAGAAGGUUGACGCAGAUGGAGAUAUCUUGUCUGCUAGCGGCAACGUUCUUGGUAAGGCUGAGAGAUGGGAAGCCCCUGAAGCCGAACCAGAGCCAGAGGUCGACAACUCUUCCUUGGCUGGAAAGCGUGUCAACAAAGCCGGUAACGUUGUCAACAAAUCUGGAGAGAUCUAUGGUCGCGUUGUUGAAGGUGAUAUCAAGCAACUCGCUGGUAAAAUGUGCGAUAAGCAAGGUUUUGUCAGAAACGAGGGAGGGGACAUCAUUGGAAAGUGUGAGGUUGUUCCAGAGGGAGACCGUGAAGGUUUGAAGGAAGGUCCUUUCACAGACUUUGACGGUUGCACUGUCAACAAAGAAGGCAAGGUUGUUACCUCAUCUGGAGAAGUCGUUGGUCGAUUGAUCUCUGGCGAUGCCAACGUUCUCUUCGGUCGUGCUGUCGAUGAUGAUGGCGAGGUUGUCGACAAGAACGGUAACGUGCUUGGUAGAGCUGAGAGAUGGCAAGAGGAGGAAGUCAAGAAGGAUGUCAGCCCAAUGUCUGGCCGCAAAGUCAACAAGGAGGGCAAUGUUGUUGAUGAGAACGGUGAUGUCAUUGGUAAAUUGACAUCUGGUGAGCUUAAACUCUGCACAGGCAAGAAGAUUGACGACGAUGGAGAUGUUGUCGACCAAAAAGGUAACUCACUCGGGCACGUGACUCUCCUCGAGGACAUCGUUGAAGAUGAACCGGAGCCAGAGCCAGAAGCCGAGCCAGAGCCAGAACCAGAACCAGAGGUGGAAGAGCCUGAGGCCGAGCCAGAGGAGACUGAAGAAGAGAGGAAGAAGAGAGAAGAAGCUGCACUCGAUGAGAAGAUCUGUGGUCAGAUGACUUACUGCGUCGAAGAUGCUCUUGGCAAGAUCAAGCCAGUUCUGAAACAGAUCAUCUCACACAUCGACAAAGCCGAGCGUACACCAAAGGACGAUCUUGAUGAAGAGGACCUUGUCAACAAGGUCAAGCCAUUGAUCGAAGAAGGUGGUCGUAUCCUUUCUGAGGCUAACUCCUCUAUCCGUGCUCUUGACCCCGGUGGAAGACUUGCUUCUCAAGCCAAGGCUAAGACAGCAGCUCACGAAGCUACUCCAGCAGAGUAUCAUCUAGCUGAUUGUCUCAAAGAGCUUACCGGCACUGUCUCUGAGACCAUCGAGAAUGCCAAGAGAAAGAUUGAAGGCAUGCCACACGCCAAGAAAGAAAUCAACCCUCUAUGGAACCUUCUUUCAGAGCCACUUGCUCAAAUUCUUGCCGCUGUCGGCUUGCUUUUGAGUGGUGUUCUCGGAUUAGUUGGUAAAUUGCUCAGUGGACUCGGUCUUGGAGGCUUGCUUGACAACCUUCUCGGAGGUCUUGGUCUUAAGGGACUGUUGAACGGUCUUGGACUUGGAAUGGUAGUUGAUUCCAUCACUGGCAAGAAGAAGAAAUAAAUGAUUUGACGAAUUUUACGAGCAUUUUGCUUUACAGAUUACUUCAAAGUGUAUAUGUAUUUUAUAGCGGUCUUGGAUAUUGGAAAUGUCUGUCUGUAAUUUCUUUUAUCUUUUAAUGUUUAGCGGACCUCUUGGUUCUUCCUGUACUUUAGCAAAAAUUUACAAUGAUGUUCAAAAUAUUUGUCA